AAGUCUUGACACUUUGCUGAGAUUUGACCAAACUCUUUUUCAUUCAUGUUUGUUAGGACUGCUAAUGCCAGAACUAUUCCAGACCUUUAUCUUGUGUUGGUGAUUAGUGUUGCUCAUAUUCCACCUACUGAAGGGAGUUUGCUAUAUGGUCAAAGUUUGCAUACUGACACCGGUUUCAAUGAAAUUACUGAUGCUCAUAUUGGUUUGUCACACAUUGAAGUCCACGCUGGUGUUGUAGUUUGUGAAGUUUUCAUGGGAAGCAGCAUUGUGCUGGAAUUCUGGGAAGACAAACUGGAUUUACUGAGGAACAAUAGUGAUAAUUCGUUGUUGAAGGCGUUAAGAGCGCAGAGCGUUGCCCACCAGACCGAGUAUUUAGCUCUGAUAGAGAAGUGUAUGAUUAGCUUGUCAAACACAAAUCGGUUGUGGGUUCAUGACUUGCUCCAGGACAUGGCCGAGGAUAUUAUAUGUGAUGGCAAAGAUGAAAAGCCAUGGAAACGUUUAAUGCUGUGGGAUUUUGAGGAUAUCAAUCACGUCUUCUCCUCCAAUGUGGGGGAUGAAGCAAUUGAGGUGGAAAGCAUAUUUCUCGACAUAUCUAAAGGAAAUGAGAUUAACAUAACCCCUGAAAUCUUUAGGAGGAUGCCAAAUCUCAAACUGCUUAAAUUUUAUACCAAUUCCAGCAUUAAACAGAGCAGGACAAGGAUGAUAGAUGGCCUCGACUACCUCCCUACGUUGCGGUAUCUUCGCUGGGAUGCUUAUAAUUGUAAAUCAUUGCCAUCUCAGUUUUGUAUGACCUCUCUAUUUGAACUCAACCUCUCACACAGCUCAAUAGAAACAGCUUGGAAUGGAAGUCAGGACCUUGCAAACUUACGGAUCCUAAACCUCACUAGCUGCAAUCACCUUACUGAGUUUCCAGACCUUUCGAAGGCGACUAAUCUUGAGACUCUCAAACUCUCUCAUUGUGAUAACUUGGUGGAAAUCCCUGAGUCCUCUCUUAGACCACUCAACAAACUCGUCCACUUAAAACUGAGCGACUGCAAGAAACUAAGGAACCUCCCAAACAACAUCAACUUAAAAUCCCUAAGAUUUCUUCAUCUGGACGGAUGCUCUAGUUUGGAAGAGUUUCCAUUUAUCUCAGAGACCGUUGAGAAGUUGCUGUUGAACGAGACAACCAUCCAAUAUGUACCACCAUCAAUCGAACGCCUCUCCGGCUGCAAGAGACUGAUGAAUCUCCCAGACAACAUCAAGAACCUGACGUCUCUCACUGAUCUCGGCCUUGCAAACUGUCCAAACGUAACAUCAUUUCCAGAAGUCGGAACAAACAUACAAUGGUUGAAUCUGAACAGAACAUCAAUAGAAGCAGUGCCUUCAACAGUAGGGGACAAAUCAGAGCUUCGUUACCUCAAUAUGUCUGGCUGUGACAAGCUCGUGAACCUUCCUCGAACACUAAGGAAACUAGCACAACUUAAGUACCUGUAUCUUCGUGGUUGCAUCAAUGUCACAUCGUCUCCUGAGCUCGCUGGUACCAAGACAAUGAAAGCAUUGGACUUACAUGGAACAUCGAUUACAGAUCAAUUGGUUAACUCCAAGAGUGAAGAGCCUCCUCGGUGUGAAGUACCCGUCAUUAGACGGUUCUUUAUGAAGCAAGUUCGAGAACACAUCAAGAAACGUAAAUCCAACAGAGGAUAAGGAUCAAAGCCGAGUCCGUAGGACUCACACGUGACUAGACUUCUGAAGAACUGCCACGUCUUGGCCAUGGGGCAGGUUUCAAGAGCACGGCUUGAGGGUAUAAAUAAGUUUUGGUGGG